AUGUCUACCGUGCAAACUCAAAAUGAUCAAUUUUAUCAAGCAGUAACUUAUGUAUUCAAAUCUUGGACUGCAUUAAAAUUAGCCGUGGAAAUGCAAUGGGGUGGUGUUGACUCUGAGGAUAAACGUGAUUGGUUUGUAGACGUUGUUGUGGAAUACUUUGGGAAACAUGGCAAAGGAACUCACGCAGAAGACAUAGAGUCAAUUUUACAACAAGUAAUGGCGGAUGAAUUCAGUACUUUGUUGGAAGAUGAUUCUGCCUAUCAGGUAUCGAAAGAUCUAAUCAAACUAUACGCUGAAUGUAUAGAAGGAAACUACACCUCCAUCGAUCUCUUGAGAUCACGACACAUCACCUCCGUUAAUAGUAGUAUCGCUUCUUCAAAAAAAGUGAAAUCACAACAAAUUGAACCAAUUAUUGAUGAUGAAGGAUUUCAACUUGUAACUAGACGACGAAAAUAA